GGCGGAAUAAGUGGCAAUCUAUGUAAGGCAUCUAUAAAACCGAGCAAAAGCUCUUCAGAAUUAAUGCAUCUGCUCUACAGCCCAGAGAAUCCAUUGAAACUCUAAACAUAAUGUCUCGACAAUCAGUCUUUCUCAUAGGCCCCGGUUUUAUCGGCGGCGAAAUUUUGGACCAUCUCCUCGAGGAAAAUUACAAAGUCACGACUCUUGUCCGACGUGAAUCAGCGAACGAAGCUUUCGAAGCUCGUGGUGUUAAGGUGGUCAACGGGACACUAGACGACAGAAGUGUGAUUGAGCAGACAGUAGUAGCGAACGACAUAGUCUUUCAUACGGCGACGGCUGAUCACCUUCCAUCGGUUGAAGCUGUCUUGUCCGGCAUCGCCCAGCGUGCUUCAAAGGGCAAGCAAACGAUCUAUAUCCACACUAGCGGCGCCAGUCUACUUGGCGACGACAGCGCGGGCGAUUACUUGAGCGAUAAGAUCUUCGAUGAUGAAAAUCCUGAGGAUAUCGACGCUGUUCCAGACAAGGCGCCUCAUCGUCAGAUUGAUCUUGCAAUUGUCAAUGGUAGCAAAGCACUAGGCGCGAAGGCUAAGGUCGGGAUCAUGAUCCCGCCUGUGAUUUAUGGCAUUAGUUCUCGCGAUGAGCGCACUUCUAUUCAGUUGCCUACCAUGGUACGAUACUCCAUCAAACACGGAUACGCAGGUCACAUUGGAAAAGGCAAAUCGGUCUGGAACCAGAUUCACGUCAAGGAUUUGGCUCGUGGAUACAUGGUACUUUUGCACUCGUUGGAAAACAUACCGGAAGAUGAAACAGUCAAGAAUCUCUAUUGGUUUUGUAACAAUGGGGAGGAGAUAUCUUGGGGCCAGGCUGCUACCGAGAUCGGGGCCGCUCUAUAUAAGGCGGGCCGUAUCUCAAGCCCCCAAACAAAAACCAUUCCCAGGGAAAACUAUGGCGAUGUCUUUGGUACGUACUCUGACAUCGUCGCUGGUUCGAAUUCUCGAAAUAGAGCCAAUCGGCUUCGGAAACUGGGGUGGGAAGCGACCGAGAAGAAAAGUCUGGUAUCCCUAGUCGAGGACGAGAUCCCAUUGAUAUUACAAGAGAAGGGACCAUAUAAUGGCUACUCGAAAGCCGUGGCUUCCUAAGUAACAUCCGAGGAUGACAUCCUAUAUAAUCCUGUUGUUAGUGAUAGAUAAAUCGUUCAUAUUCAGGUAUUCAAAAUUUCAUUUCAAAUCUAGUGCUUUUAAUUUUCUUUAAACGCUGGCGAGUUAGAAUAUAAAGCUUAUAUCAGAAUUAGAAGUGUGAAGCUUAGACAUUCAAGAUAUUACAUACGCUACCCCGGUAUUUAAAAGGGUUCUUCAGAGCUUUACUGUUAAUUUAUAUCCUUUUUAUGACAAUUAUACUAUUGGAUUGCUAAAUAUCAACAAUAUUACGGUGGGUUUUAUAUUAGUAAAGCAUUUUAUCUACAAAAAUAAGACUAUAGAGACCAAAUUAAG